CUGAAUAUUCAACAUUAUAUUAAUCGAUUGUCACAACAAUUGUUUAUUGUGCAGUAAGUCACACACAUUUGGUUUGGUGAAAUGUGCAUAUAAAUAAAUAAUAAAUGUAAAAAAAAUACACAACUGAUCAUUGCAGCUUCAUACUGAUGAUGGUGUUUGUAGGUAGUGACUUGAACUCAGUGGAACAGUGCGAAUUAAAUUCUGUUUUUUGGUUUUGGGGCGGAUUCUUCCCUGUGAUCAAAUACAAAUUUCGGGUUGCAUCGUCUCCACAGAAUAAUCUGAUAUUCUCCCCAUCGUUUAAAACAGAUAUGCCGUUGAUGAGGUGAUAUCAUCUGUGGACGUAAUACGCAUCUUUACAUGUACCCAUGUCGUCUUUACGCGACUCUCUGUGCCAAAAUGAAAGCGAUUUGCUCAACAAAAUGUGUGAACUUUGUCCCCUUUUUGUCACCGCUGUGGCGCGUGCUAAAGCGACGUAGGUCUUGUUUGGUUUGCUGACAUGUUGCCAGCAGUGUGGGCUCAAAUAGCAGAGAGGCGACGUGUCUGUGCGUGUGUACGUAAGCGAUGUGUGCGAGUGCUCUGAGGAGGGGAGCGAUGAAAACUACGACCCGCUGUCCGUAGAGUGGAAACGGGACUAACACCGAGCAGCCAGACACCGUGUAAUGAGGGACGUCACAACGAAAGCUAUGGCUGGACCCAGGCCCGUGGUGUUCAGCGGCCCGUCCGGGGCGGGGAAGAGCACGCUGUUGAAGAAGCUCAUGAAGGAGUACGACAGCGUCUUCGGCUUCAGUGUUUCCCACACAACCAGAAAGCCUCGGCCCGGAGAGGAGAACGGCAAAGAUUACCACUACGUCACACGGGAGGCGAUGCAGGCGGCCAUCGAACGCGGCGACUUCAUCGAGAGCGCAGAGUUUUCGGGCAACAUUUACGGGACGAGCAAAGCCGCCGUGCAGGACGUCCGCGACAAGAACCUCAUCUGCAUCCUGGACAUCGACAUCCAGGGCGUGAAGAACAUCAAGAGGACCGACCUCCACCCCUUCUACAUCUUCAUCCAGCCGCCGUCCAUGGCCGUCCUGGAAAAACGUCUGAGAGACAGAAAGACGGAGUCGGAGGAGAGCCUCCAGAAGCGUUUGAAAGCGGCUCAGGUGGAAAUGGAGUUGGGUAAAGAACCAGGUGUUUUUGAUGUCCUGAUCAUCAAUGAGAAUUUGGAGGACGCCUAUGGGCAGUUAAAAGAGGCUCUUCUCGGGGAAAUCAAUAAGGUCAAGAAAGUCAACGUGUCUUCGUAGGAGACGGCAGCUUCCAGACACCUUUUUAGUCCCGCCCAUCCACUCCUCUCACACACACACACAGACCUCCAUUCCAGCCGUGAACAUUCCCUCAGAUGGUGGUCUGUGAAACUCCGACAAACAUACCGUAGCGGAAUCACACAUUUCUAGGUUUUAUAUUUUAUUUAGAGGUAUUCCUAGAUAUCAUUAUAUCCUUUUUUUUUUUUUUUUUUUUUUUCCCCCCUCCACUUUCCAUAUUGUUAUUUUCACCUGUGUGAAGAUGUUUACUUGAUAUGUGACUGGUAUGUUUAGCAGGGUGCUCUGUUGGACUGGGUGUACUGGGUGUACUGGGUGACUCAGUGUGGACGAAGCUAGUUUCUAGACCUCUUGAUUAGUUAGAGAGUUCUGCUCCUCUUGUGCCACCAGUCGCAUUAUGUUUACUGGUGAAUGUGCAGAUGGAUGGCUGCACACAUUUAGUUCAGGAGUGAAACUCUUCAAGCCGUUUGUGUUCCCGGGUCACAUUCCAGUCAUUCCAGUGCUGGUAAAUGCUGUUAUUUUGACAGGUUUUGUGUAAAUUGUGACACAACUCCAUUGUCAAAAUGAAUUAUCGUGAAUUACUGUUUAGUGAGAUCACAUCCCAUAAUAUGUAAGAAAUGUGGCUUGAAACGUUUGUUUCUUGUCUCUUGGAAUAAUGUUGUUUAUAUAUUUUUGGUGGUUUAAGAACUUUUAUUUUUUACAAUUUGUAAAACUUUUAUAUUGUGACAUUUAGUUUUCCAGCCUCCCCCUCGACAGUAAAGUGACAUUCAUAACUAAAGCAGGGUUUUUUUUAUUUGAAGGAAAAAAAAUUAAAAAAUGCUAUUGCUUAGAAUUAAGCACACAGAUCUCCGUUUAACUCGUUUACUGAGAGAAUAUCUUUGACCAAGGUAUGCACAGGAAUCCUGAAGUUACAUUUAAUAACUUUGUAAGACCUCUUUGUGUUACGUCUGGGACAACAUUGAUUGUAAGAUGGCAACAGUCAGCGAUACACUCUUCUCCAUAACGCAUUCUCACACUCAUCCACUCUUUAUAUUGGGCUGUUAUUUAUAGAUUAUUGUAUUGUUAUAGGGCAAAUAAAGGAAGUGGAGGUCAAACAUG